GCGUUGUACAUGCCACUUCAAGUAGGCAUGUGCAUCUGGUUCUUGUACGAAAUUCUUGGCUGGAGUGCCUUUGCUGGCUUGGCUGUUAUGAUUCUCCUGUUCCCUCUCCCUGGGUACGUUGCCCAGAAGAUCCAAAACGUGCAGGUGGAAAAAAUGCACAAGACGGAUGCCCGGGUGCAAACCGUGACCGAAACUAUGAAUGUACUGCGCAUGAUCAAGCUUUUCGGAUGGGAAGAGAAAAUAGACACUAGGAUCAGCGAGAAACGAGAAGUAGAACUUGUCUGGACAUGGAAGACGAAGAUCUUAGAACUGGUAAACAACAACUUGAACUACGUAAUACCCAUGUUUACCAUGAUGGCUUCUUACAUGGCAUUCAUGGGGCAAAACCUAACCGCUUCAAAGGUUUUUUCGUCGAUGUCAAUCUUUGACAUCCUAAGAGAUCAGCUGAACAUGGUGUUCUUCUCCAUCCCAAGAUUUACCCAAGCCAAAGUAUCGCUGGAUCGUGUCAAUAGUUUCCUGACUGAUACAGAACUAUUGGAUGCAUACACACAGCAGGACGAGGACAGAGUCCAGCUCUUUAUCCAGUCAGAAGAAGAAUCUGACCUCAUCGGCUUCAGAGACGCUGUCUUUGCAUGGUCCAAUGAUUCCGGUGGGUCGCUGACACCGUCGAAGCGCAAGUUCAGACUUUGCAUCGACGGUGAGAUGUACUUCCAACACGGUUGUAUCAACCUUGUCGUCGGACCGACAGGUUCUGGGAAGACAUCAGUGCUCAUGGCUUUGCUCGGCGAGAUGCACUUCACGCCCUCUGGCGGUGUAGCGUAUGCCGCGCAAGAGUCCUGGGUCCAAAACGAAACCAUUCGGGACAACAUUCUUUUUGGCGCACCCUAUGAUGAGAUUCGAUACAAGACAGUCUUGCACCAGUGUGCUCUGGAGCGAGACCUUACUUUGUUCGAAGCGGGCGACCAAACGGAAGUUGGAGAAAAGGGUCUUACGCUAAGAGCUAUAUAUUCUUUGGCAAACACGCUGCUACUUGAUGAUGUUUUGGCCGCUCUGGAUGUCCACACGUCCAAGUGGAUUGUAGACAAAUGUUUCGCCGGAGAUCUCGUCAAAGAUCGAACAAUUAUCCUUGUGACGCAUAACGUUGCUAUGGCGAGCUCGAUAGCGCACUUCGCCGUGUCUCUGGGUUCCAACGGACGGAUUGUCAGCCAUGGAUCGAUAUCGGAGGCCAUUGCAAAGGACGACAAGUUUGCAGCGGAAGUGGCAAAAGAACAGGAAGUCCUUGCUAAAGAGGCCGAGGUUAUGGACACUCUAGAAGAACCGAAGGGUGAUGCGGCGAAGUCCGACGGCAAGUUGGUAAUGUCUGAGGAAAUUGCAGAAGGCCAUGUUUCCUGGCCAGCUUUCAAGCUCUACCUCACCUGCUUGGGGGGGAAUUAUCCUAUGACAUUCUGGGUCGCGUUCUUGCUUCUGAUGGGGUUGACGGACUUCGCCAACACUGUGCAAACCUGGUUCCUUGGGUACUGGGCAUCUCAAUACGAACACCAUCUACCCUCGGAGGUCAAUGUUAAAUUUUAUCUCUCUGUAUAUGCCUUGAUCAUGGUCUCUGGCUGUCUCAUGUAUUCGAGUGGGUAUUACAUGUACUAUCGGGGUUCAAUGCGGGCGUCACGAACCAUCCACAAGAAACUCAUUCAAUCUGUACUUGGAACAACGCUAAGAUGGCUGGACACGACACCUACAUCUCGGGUCAUCACUCGGUGCACACAGCUCAUAAGAGCCAUUGAUGGUCCGUUUGCACAGGGAAUUGGUUGGGUCGUCGAACUUUCCUUGACCAUGAUCGUGAAACUCGGAGCCGUUGUGGCCAUGACUCCCAUCUUCUUGGUGCCCGGUCUCUUUAUCGGCUUGCUAGGUGGAUGGAUCGGUCGCAUCUACAUGAAAGCUCAACUAUCAGUCAAGCGAGAGAUGAGCAACGCGAAAGCACCGGUCCUUGGUCACUUCGGGGCUGCUAUCGCAGGACUUACAUCGAUUCGUGCGUACAGUGCAGAGGAUAAAUUUAAACAAGAAUCUCUUAAUCGCAUCGACCGCUACACCAAAUCAGGGCGCAUGUUCUAUAACUUGAACCGUUGGGUUUGUGUCCGUAUUGAUGUUAUCGGUGGUGUAUCCUCGGCUGGUCUUGCCGCUUAUCUUGUGUAUGGUCGCGGAAUUCAUGAGGCGUCGAACAUUGGGUUCUCUCUGAACAUGGCAGGUAAAUUCCAUUUACGUAGUGUACCCAUUGCGGAUUUUCGCUUACACCUUGAAGUCGGUUUCAGUUCCAUGAUCC